AGGCCACGCCCCCUCGCGUGACGACGCCCGGAGCUGAGGCGGAAGUGGCCGCCGGGGGGCACCCCCCACCCCAUUUUGGGGUGCAACCCCCCCCGGGGCUCCCCGAAUCUCCCGCAGCCAUGGACGUGGCUCCGGGCUCCGUGGUGGAGCCGGGCUGGCUGCUGUCACCCGAGGGCCGCCGGCACCGCGACGCCAUCCUGCGCAAGGACCGCCGGAGAGCCUUCGGCCUGCUGGAGCGCCCGGCGCUGCUGCCGCCGCCGGCCGCCUACAAGCUCUUCGUCUCCGGCAAGAGCGGCGUGGGCAAGACGGCGCUGGUGGCCGCGCUGGCCGGCGCCGACGUGCCGCCCGCGCACCGCGAGACCCUGGGCAUCCAGGCCACCUCCGUGUACUGGCCGGCGAAGCUGCGCGACUCCGACUGCCCCGUCCUGUUCCGGCUCGAUUUUUGGGAUUGCGGUGAAGCAUCGCUGAGAAAAUUUGACCAUAUUCUCCCGGCUUGCAAGGAGGAGGCCGACGGCAUCCUCUUCCUCUUCUCCUUCACCGACCGCUCCUCCUUCGAGGACCUGCCGGCCCAGAUGGCCCGAGUGACGCGGCCGGAGGAAAACCUGCUCCGCGUGGUCGUCGGCACCAAGUUCGACCAGGCGGCGCGGGCGGACGUGGCGGAGCGGGACGUGGCGGCCUUCGAGCGGGCCUGGCGGCUGCCGGUGCUGCGGGCGCGCAGCGUGCCGCGGCCGCCCGGCGCCGCCGCCGCCGACCUGGCCGAGGUGGCCCCGCUGCUCGACGCUUUGGUCGAGAGGCUCUGGCGGCGCGACCAGGAGGCCGCCGGCCUCUUGCCCGUGCCGUCGGCCUCCGGCAGCCCCUCGCCGCGGCGUCGGGCCUCAUCCGUCCAAUAAACGGCGGCUCCUUUCCUGGC